AUGGCAAACAAGGCACCCAACUCGCCCGACCCGGGCCCACAGACCCCAAAACCCGACCCGCCGGCCCCUCUCUUCCCGCCAGGUGUCACCGUCGAGAUCCUGAGCCGCUUGCCCAUAAAGGACGCAGCCCGUCUCCAGCUCGUCUCCAAGCACUGGCAGUCCCUCAUCCAAAACCACUACUUCAUGAACCGGCACAUGGCCCACACCCGGUUCACCUACCACUGGUUCAACAUCCAGCCCACCCAGGCCCAGGCCCAAACGGCCCGCGAAACGUACUUGUUAACAGCCGGCCUCGACGGCCUUCUCAUCUUGAAGAACACCACCAAGAACAUUCACUACCUCUGGAACCCAGCCACUAAACGGGCCCUCGAGCUGCCCAGCCCGCACGAGGGCAGCUACGGGCUCUCCCUCGCCUUCGUUCGGGCCACCCAAAGCUACAGGGUCGUCUCGUUUUACCUCGACCCGAAAACGGGCUUUGACGGGUGCGAGAUUCUCACCCCCGGCCUGCCCGGCCCGUGGAAACCUCUAAAUGUCCCGGGAGCCCUUCGGAAGCGUGAGAGAAUCUCGGUUAUCGUGUCGGGAGAGGCCGUGCAUUGCGUUUUCUUCAAUCGGGCCAGGCCCGAAACCCUAAUUUCACUCAACCUGGAGACAGAGAAGUUUUCUAUUAGCUGUUUUGGGAAAUUGGGCCGGCCCGAUACGAGGUGGAGGAACUAUUGGGAUAUGGACUGGGCCGGGAAGCUUGCGAUUGCAGAUGUUGUGGGGCCCAAUUUGGAGGUGAUGGAGCUGACGGAUUACGAGAGGGGGAUUUGGUGUCGGGAGAAGAGGAUUGUUGGGCUCCCGUUUUUUAAGGAAGGGAAUAAUGACGAGUUUGUCCCGUUGUUUGCGAGGGAAGGGAAGAUAUGGUUUUGGAUGAAGGGAAGCAAAAUAUUCACGUAUGAUAUGGAGACGGGCGAGAUGAAGGAUGUUCGGGAGGCGCCGAAUUUGGCUGCCUCGACCAAAGUUUACCCUUACAAGCCGAGCUUGAUCGGUUUUCAAGGCAUGGUACCGGACACAAUGCUCGAGAGGUAUAGGGCUCGUCUCAUGUUGUGUUAG